GUAGAGCUUUGAAUGUGUGUUGGUUUUGUUUCCGCGAGAUUUUAUUAUCGCGUACUAAUAAUUUCACUGAUAUCACAGUUGGAAAUUCUGAAAACGACCAGCUUGCUGUAAACGCGGGAUUUCAGAGAGCAACACAACGGAAGAAGUAAUUAACCUGAGAGCACAGAAUCAGAUGGUCUCUUGGUUUGCAUGGAACAUGGAGGCUGAUGGAUUAUGAAGUCUCCAAGGCUGAGAUAAUGUGAAAUAUCUCUUCAGUUUCUUUUUUUUUUUUCCAAAGUAUGGCUUCAACCCAACCAUACUGGGACCAGUAUGAUGAUAUGAACAGCAUGUACUUUUCUUUCGGAGCUGACUACACAGUGAAAACACAUCAGCAAGGCUUGACCUCUGUGGGCUUUGAAAGGAAGAUGUUUGGCUCAAGUUUCUCCCACAACUCUAGCCACCACUGUCAGCCUUUAAAGCCUGCUGAUCCUGCACAGCUACUCCUCUCCUCCCUGCACAGCUCGCCUGAAGGAGACCAGGUCGUUCCCUCCUUCCAGAAACUCUCUGUCUAUGAACAAGCGCCCCCAUAUUCUCCUAGGAGAAGCUCUAAACCUCUUCCUCCUCUCCCGGACAUGGGGGAUAUGUCUUCUGAUGAAGCAGCAGACAGCGAAGUGGAGUUCUUCUCCAGCACCAGCGAGAGCCAGCUACUGAUACCAGAAUGUGCCUCUAAAACAUCAGCCUUCCAAUACAGAGCGCAGAAUAGGCGGAGUUUCCGGGGUUGCGGGCAGAUCAACUAUGCGUACUGUGAUGCUAUGCAGGCUAUGCAGGAGAAUAUGAUUGGACAGAAAUGUGAGAGGGAACAAGUGGUGCUUAGAGAUAGGGACAGCCUUAAACAAGAAAAGCCCCAGCGCAGGCUGCGCCGCUCCAACUCGGGACCUGCGGCGUCUUUUAAACCUACUAACCUCCGAAAUAUCCACACACAGGAGAAGCCUGAGGUCCCUCCUCGCGCUCCUAUUCCGUCCCGUCCUCAAAAGAGUGCCGACCAUCAAGGUACUGAAGAGCCUCCCGAGAUCCCACCCAGACGGCCAAUAUACUACGUGGCCCCACGCACUCCUAGUCCUAAAAGCCUCCCCAUUUACGUCAAUGGAGUGAUGCCUCCUACACAAAGCUUCGCCCCCAAUCCCAAGUACGUGAGUAAAACCCAGGGCAAGCCAAAGUGUGAAGGAUUGCCUGCUUCACAUACACCAUGUAUACUGCCCAUCAUGGAAGAUGGAAAGAAGGCCAGUGCUACACAUUACUUCCUUCUUCCACAGCGGCCAGGAUACUUGGACAGAUUUGAAAGAUUUUUCAAAGAAUCUGAUUCCGAAGUUGUGCAAAGUGGAUGUUAAGUAUAAGCAGGGUUGUUAGGCUAACUACAAAUGUACUUACUUACAGUAUUCAGGUGCUUAUUGAUUUACUCAUUGCUACGCAGUCCCACCUCAACUUGAACCCAGAGUACUGAUAAGAGGCCAGGUCAUAAAUGCUGGACAUAGUGGAGCCGUUUUUUUUUUUUUGAUCAUGCAUUGUCAUUAUGAUUUACAUGUUAUUUUAUUUCUCCUGCUUUGAGUAUUCCUUUUUGAAACGUUUAACAUCUUUGUUUUUUGAUGGUUUACAUGUAACACUGGUUAGUAUAAGCUGGUCUUAUACUGUAUGUUGGGGAAGGACUGGAUUCCAGCACAUUCUGGUGAUUUUUUUUUUUUUUUUUUUUUGCUCAAAGGCAUGUAAUUCACCACUUAAUUACUAGCUUCAGUUUGAGCAAAGAAAUUACCAAACUGCGCUGGAGUGAAGUUGAGCAGCCCUGAUCACAUCCCUGUCAUAUCAUUAUCCCUGAGCUGAACGCAUUUUAAGUGCCAUUUUUAUCAUUCUGCACUGCAUGUGUUAUAUCCCCAGUUGUUUGUGUUGCUGAUGGAUUAUCUAGUAUUUGCACUCAUCAGCUGAUGGCUAAUGUUUCUGUUCCACAGUAUGUUCAGUGGGACCUUAUUUUUACAUAAACAAUUGUUCAAGGAAACGUAAAACCAGUUUAUUAAUGAAAUGACUCAACUUAUUACUAAACAGAAUGCCUCUGAAAUAUUGAGCUAAUUUUUGGAUUGAUGUCCUUUUAACAAAAAGCAUAUUUAGUUGCUUGCAAUUACAGUUAGAAAUUCUGAUUAUGCUAAAAGAAAUAAUUACAAAAUAUCUGAAUCAUUACUUUUCUUUGUUUGUGCAGCUAAGCAAUGAUGGUUAAACUCUUAAAGUGUGUUGGCUUCAACCUGCCUGUUUGAGCCAAAUGAGAAAAGGUCAAUGUUCUGUAUUACUCUGACACAACGUGUACUUUAACACGUACAUGUCAUGUUUUUAUCCACCCAUCUACUGUUGCUUUUUUCUUAGUUCAUUCUCAAAUAAGUCAGUCAUGUGCCACCACAUCUGUUUACAUGAUUUUUUUUUUUUUUUUGGAAUCUGUCCGUUUUUGCCAUCUUCCUCAUAACAGAAGGUGAAAAUUAUUUAUCCAUGGCUUAUUUAUUCACAUAUGAAGGCUCGUGAUCAUUAACUGUUAUUGCUGUUGUUGCACUGCAUUGCACUUGUCUUUACGUGCAGUAUUUGUAGUUUUUCACAUUACAUCUGUGAUCUAUUUAAAGAAAUAAAGUGACUUAUUUAUCAGUAAAUGA